AUGGCUAACGAAGCACUCACUUUGACGGAGGAAAUCAUCCGAAAUCGAGUGAAUCUGCAACAUGAUAAUCUAGAGGAUGUGAAGGCUCUGUCACUCCCGGGAACCUACCAUGAGAAAGUUGUCAGUCUAGGGAACUCGCUAAGGAAGUUUUCUCGUCUGAAAAGUCUUGAUCUCUCCAGGAACGCCUUAACAUGCUUACAGGGAAUGGAACAUCUGAAGUUGUUGGAGAGACUGAAUCUCUACUACAACGGGAUAGAAACCAUGGACGAGCUGAAGCGCUUAAGAUUCAACACUGGCCUCAAGGAACUCGAUCUAAGACUGAAUCCUGUCACUCGCACGGAACCUGACUACCGACUAUACCUCAUACACAUGCUCCCCAACCUUCAGAAACUAGAUGACCGCGGAGUGAGAGACAGAGAAAGAAAUGCAGCCCUCGUCCACUUCAGCUCCAGCCAGGCAGUAGAGAUAUCAGUCCAGCCAAGUAAUGGAGAACCUCCACCAAAACCACCCCAUCCUCGGGCAGAGAUGGUACGGGGCAUGGGAAAGGGGAUGACCGCCCUAGAUGAUGAUGAUGUGGCAGUGCUGGACCUGAUUGCCAGGACAGGCGGUGAUCUUAGUAGACCUCGAACCGUAACUGGUUCGGCUGCCAGGGAACCCACGGCAGAGGACUACUCUCUAGAAGUGUUGAAAAGCUUGGAUGGUGGACCAACAGACGAUAAAAGGGAGGAGGAACCUGCUCCCAAGCCUCGCCCAGGAAGCAUGGAGGAAGCCUAUAGGAUGAAAUACCCGAAUAUUCCUUCACUGACGGUGACUGGGACAGAAGAUAGACAUCGUGAGAGGAAGGAUGAGAACCUACAAUAUCAGGAUGAAGUAGAUGCCUACAGUAAAUUCAAAAGCCAUGGCUACUUCACAGCCAACCCAAAUCAAGAACAAGCAAGAAAUGGAAAUGGCAAUACCUCCCAGGUCCAGACAGAGCGAGAUCCCUACCCAGGACCCCCUCGGGUGCCCACAGAAAGGCGAAGAUCAUUUGGGGAGGAGGAGUCACCACAAGGUCAUCAGAGGUCAAAUAGUCAGCCAUCACCUAGAAAGGAGCAUCAUGAUUCAAUGGAAGAUUUAGGGAUGAGACGAGCAGAUCGGUCAGUGGAUGACCUCAGGUCAUUGAGGUCAAACGAACAACAUGUCUCAAAUGGAACCAUGAAGGGAGAGAACUCUAGAUCAAAAGAAUUACUUUCAAAAUUACUUGACAUUGUUGAUAGAUAUUGGAAUGGAUCAAAGUCACUACAUAAAAAUAUCAAAUUUAGAGGUCUUGCAUAUGAACUUAUAGACAACUUUGCCAGAAAUUAUGGUGAUGAUUUGAGUAAGGUGGAAAGUGAUUUAGCACACAUCCGUGAAGAGAACUUUAAGUUGAGAAAAAGAGAAGAAAUCACCCGCAACACACUCGCAGACAGCACGGUGAAUGAGAGUCAACUAAAAACCUCUUUGCAUCAAGCUUACAAAGACAAUGAGGCCCUGAAGGACGAGCUGCAGAACACUGUCAGGGAAAAUCGUAAACUACAAAUGAAACUGAAGGAGCAACAGAAUGGUCAACUUUCCACAGCAGCCACGUCCAUGUCUUCCGUCAACCAGUCACACCUAGAAGAAAUUAAGCGACAGAAUGAUAUCCUGAGGAAUGAGGUGGAGAUGUUACAAAUCCGACUAAAACAGUACUCACAGAUGCAGGAGCUGGCGGCCAUGUUACAAGAGAGUCACAAGUCCCUCGUCCAGACCAAUGACCACCUUUUGAAGGACCUCGGGGAAACCAAACGACGCCAUCAGGGGGAAGUGGAACAACUCAACUGGAGUUACAACCAGCUGAAAAAAUCUUCAGGCUACGCACCACCCACAAAGACCCGAGACCAUGGCAGGGCUUCAGCCACCUUGUAUGACUCCUAGCAUCUAAAUUUACACUUAUCAGUUCUGUACUGGCGUGCAGAAA